UGUGUGGCAUCGGCGUGCGCCGGCGAUUAUUGCGACUUAGACGCAAAAAACCGCGACGCCGCGCCGUUUGUUGCGUUUGUCCCCGCCCUGUUCUAUUCCUUGGCCCGCCGGCGGCCCCUCCCCGCGCGCCGCCCUCCCGGGCAGCCUUCUCCGGCGCCCCAUUUCGGCCGCGCCCCUGGCUCUGCGUGCAUUUGUUCGAUGCGACCUUGCCCGGCCCCAGGCGGCGCUAGGAAGUCGUGGGCGGCGGCCAGCCGCUGCCACCAGCACCACGCGCCGGCCCGCCCGCCUCCGCGCGCUCCCACGCACUUCAAUUUAAUCCGUGGAGGCGCAGUAGAUGCGCAAUGGCGUGCGGUCUUUGACUUUCUCCGCGCGGGCGAGCUCCUUGGCAGGGCCGGCCGCCGUGGCUGCCUGUGCCUGUCCCAGACAUUGGAUGGCAUGCCCUUGCCGUUUCCGUGCGCAGGGGCUGGCGUUGAUUACUUUGUUUAUGUUCAACUUGAACGUCUCGCCCCGUCCGCAGCGAGUGCGAGAGCGACCGACGGGCGAGCCGCGACAUAGCGUAAUCUUGUAGAAGUGUUCUUUGGUCGUGGUCGCGGAGGUGCUGGCCGUUAUGGGUAUUGUGGGCGUUCGUUUCGUGCGGCUGGCGCGCCCUCCGUCCUGCUUUUGUUGGUGACAGAGAGAGUGAGAGAACAGGAGAGCGAGAGACCGCCAAAGCAGGCGACGUUGCCAGUGUGGAAAAUCAGAAGACGUGGGGGGACAACAGCUGCAAGACUGACGCGGAGUGUGCUUUCAUUCUGCUAUCCAGUGAGUCCUUGACCGGGACAAGGAUACAGCCCUCAAGCAGCAAGAAGGGUUGGUUCUUCGCCACGCCAUACAACACGGACAACAACUUCCGCGACAAAAGAACAGCGUUGGGCCAUGUCGCUCUCAUCUUCUCCGUCCCGGUUUGCGUUGUGGGCAUGGCUCUGGAUCGCCGUCACCAUGUGCAGCUCGGCGGGCGCUGUAUUUUUGUUGAUUUCCGAAGUUCCACCGUUUCUUCGUGCGGCCUGGCGCCUUUGGUGCCAGUUUUUCGUGCAGCUCGCCCCGUUCAUCAGCGAACUUCGAGUCGAAUAUUACCGCCAGCAAGAAUCGGGCACCUCCACCUCCGCAGAAAAGACAGAUACGAGUGACCGUGGGCCGCGAUCAGGAGGUUCAGAAGACGUUGAUGUGCAUGUCAGCGAAAGCGAAAGUACAACUCGGGAGGAAGAGGAUGCGCACGUGCCACGACAACUUUCAAAAGAAGACCAAGAUGGUUGUCGUUUUUUCGACGAACGAGAACUCACUGUGUUGUCGAAGUGGGUCCGCUCGCUUCCCUGGAUCGCCCUCAGUGGGUGUUUUCUGGGCGGCCACUUCGCUUUCUGGGUUUGGUCACUCGAGCACACGACACUGCUGCACUCCCUCAUGUGCGUGACGAGCUACCCCCUGUUUCUGCACUCCGGUAAGUGGGUGCUAUUUUUCUGCGGACUUGCACUGUUUUCGCUGCAGCAUCGUCGAGAAGGAAGGCAACAUGCCGGACCUCCGCAAGGAUCGGCCGUCGACGAGCGCGAGGCACGCCAGACACAGGAGACUUCCGGACCAAGCCUGCAGCAAAAGAACCCGGACAGUCGUGAAGUCGCCGGGGAGGGCGAGGAUCUCGAAAACAGCCCGCACAGUAGAACCAAAGCUACCACUGUCACAACCCCAUGUGUUGAAGGGGCAGCAACAGCGGACGAGCCGGUAACACCAGCGUCUCCUUCCCGCCUUGAGGUUGCAUCGAAUCGACCGUCCAAUGCUUGUUCCACCUCACUCUUAGACGAUAGGUCGCUAGAAGUGGGAGAUCAUGCGCGCCAGCUGCUGCGAGAGAGCAAAGCCCCCGCGUGGCAAGAGUCCGUGGGUAUCUUUGUGAGCCUUCUUGGCGUAGCGGUUUUACUUCUUGGUCCCGAAGUGGUCAGGAGUAGGGACGACGACGACAAGAACUCUAAUACGGACGACAAACAGCAACAGCCUUCUCUCGUCGGCGACCUCGUCGCGUGCGUGAGCGCGAUCUGCAUGUGCUUCUACCUGUUGAUCGGGAAAGUUUUGCGGAGUUGGUGUCCCCUCUUCCUGUACACCACCCCGGUGGUCCUCGUUUCCGCGGUCGUCUGCACUUUGCUCAGCGUCGCCACCGAAGGCACGGGCUUCAACCUACCCGCGCCGAGUCGAAACGUCUUCGGCUUUUUCCACCGUGGGGACUAUCUGGGAGCCGCGAUUUUUCUGGGCGCCGGCGCGGGCGUUGGCGGACACACGGUGCUGAAUUUUGUCUUGAAGUGGAUGUCGCCGAUGGUGGUGUCCACCGCCUUGCUACUGGAACCGGUCCUCGGCACGGCGAUCGGAAUGCUCCUGGACGUGACGGAGCGGGAGGUUGCCAAAUGGGCCGUCUCGACGCUGCUCGGCGUGCCGAUCUUACUCGCGGGACUGGUCCUACUGGUGCGGUCCGAGCAGGAACAGGGUGGAAGAAGCACCGCGGCCGAAGACGAGCUGCAAAAGGAUGACUCUGAUCUUGACAGAAGGAUAUUGAUUAAAAGGAACGACUUCAGAAAUACAACCUCAAAGGUUUGUUCAACACAGGUCCUCGUGGAUGAAGAAGGAGAAUUGGAAAUUGAAAAGGUCAGAUGUCCAAAGGACGUGCAGGUGAGCGUAAAGUUGUUUGCUGGCGACACAGCAUGCUCAUUCGCAGAUGAUGUUGUGGUCUCUGAGGCUGGGCUUCCUUUCUCCGGUGAGAUCUCCGGCCGAGUAUAC